AUGGCACCUCACUGGCCCAAACCUUGGACUCUGUCUCCUCGUCUGCUGCGGCUGCUUCAAACAGUCUUCGUAGUAAACCCAAAACCCCGAUCAUUGCAGGGAGCAUUUGCGGAGGUGUGUAAUCUCAAAAAGGGUUUCCUCGCUCGGUAUAUUCUCAUGCGUUCGAUAUCAGGAGUGCUGGGUUUAGCAUGGAUCAUCGGAUUCGCUAUCUACUUUCGCAAAAGAUACAAACGGAAAUUGCGCAACGAGGGCAAACUGCCACCUCUUGAGUCGAAGAAAGUGAAGGAAGAGUCUCAAGAGAAGAUCGUCAUACCUCCAGAUCCUGCUAUUCUUUUCGGUCGCCGGGCGGAAGAGCACUAUCCCAGAUCCGAAAGAGCAGAAGCUCCUUCUGCAACCUCCUUACCCCCGGAUAAAUCCCCUGAUGGACCCUCCAAUGAAUCGCUCAAUCAAUAUACAUCAGCGCGUCCUGCAAAUAGUGUAAACAGAAACGAAGAAUAA